UCGCUAUUCUUAUAUUCUUCUUAUCAUAUCACACACAUUGUUGCACCAACUACUUCACUGUUCAUUCUUUUCCUUGUUACAGUUUCAUAUAUUUUAGUUAUAGCAGUAGAAGAUUCUGUUGACAUGGGAGACUCUUCUGCUUCAUACAUACACAUGCUUCAGCAUCUUAUAGAGAAGUGCUUGAUCUUUAACAUGACAAAGGAGGAGUGCAUGGAAGCCCUUUCUAAACAUGCAAAUAUUGAUCCUAUUAUCACUUCUACUGUGUGGAUUGAACUGGAGAAAGAGAACAAGGAAUUCUUUGAGGCAUAUGCUCAAUCGAAGAUCAACGAUGAUAGAAUGUCUGAACAGGAAACAAGUCAAAUGAUUCAAAAGUUUAUCUCCGAUUCCUCAAAAGAUUCAACAGAAGACUAAACAUUUUAUGUAUGUAUUGGUACAUGAAAGUGAUCUUUUUCUUUUUUCUCUUGUAUGUGUUAUGUUUGGUAGCUUUGGCUUUCUUUCGAAAACCAAGAAUCCAUCCAAAAACUCGUAGAGGAAUUAGAUUUGAUGUCUCUACUAUCCAUGUGGUCCUAAAGUGAAACUAUUCACCCUCCAAUAAUUAUCUUGUGGGAUAUUGAAAAUGUAUUUUAUAUGGAAAUUAUGCUCCCUUUAAAAAAAUAAUUUAUUUUUAUUUAUUUAA